AGGACCGCGUAGGAGGCUUCAGCUGAGUGUGAACCUGAGGAGGAAGAAGCGCCGCCAGCGCGCAGGCCCAGAACCUCCCGAGCCCGGGCUGCCGGCGACGCCCCAGAGCGGAAGAGGGAAGUGAAGGCACCAGGCUGCGGGUUCCUGCAGAACUGGGCUUGCCGAGGGACAGGCAGCACCAAGAGGAGGCCUUUGCCACCGCUCCGGAUCCGGGAUGUCGAAGAAUACGGUGUCGUCGGCCCGGUUCCGGAAGGUGGACGUGGACGAGUACGACGAGAACAAGUUCGUGGAUGAGGAAGACGGGGGCGACGGACAGGCCGGGCCCGACGAGGGCGAGGUGGACUCCUGCCUGCGGCAAGGAAACAUGACAGCUGCCCUGCAGGCUGCUCUGAAGAACCCCCCGAUGAACACGAAGAGUCAGGCGGUAAAGGAUCGGGCGGGCAGCAUUGUCUUGAAGGUGCUCAUCUCUUUUAAAGCUAACGAUAUUGAAAAGGCAGUUCAAUCCCUGGACAAGAGUGGCGUGGAUCUCCUAAUGAAGUAUAUUUAUAAAGGCUUCGAGAGCCCCUCUGACAAUAGCAGUGCUGUGUUAUUGCAAUGGCACGAAAAGGCACUGGCUGCUGGAGGAGUCGGGUCCAUUGUUCGCGUGUUGACUGCCAGGAAGACCGUGUAGUCCAGCAGGAACUGGACAUCUGUGGAUGUGGGAGUUGCUGGUACAAAGACCAAAACAACCAAAUGCCACCGCUGCCCUUUGGGUAGCAUCUGUUUCUCUCAGCUUUGCCUUCUUGCUUCCUUUUUCAUAUUGCUAAAGAAGAAAAUUACAUAUCAGUUUUCCUUUAAUGAAAAUUGGAAUAAUAUAGAGGGAAUGUUUCGACAGGAGUGUUUCAUGCUCUGAAAACUAUUUCAGUGAUGUGUAUACCAGUCUGUAUAUAGUAUAAUUUACAUUCAAGUUUAAUUGUGCAAUUUUUAAUCCCUAAUGGCUGGUGUUCUUGUUUUUCUGUGUUGUUUUUUUUUUUUUUUUGGGGGGGGGGUUGUUUUUGUUUUGGAUUAAUAGUGAGAAAUUUGAUCCAAAUUUGAUGCCAGUUUCCUAACUCAUUGCAAGCCAGGAAAUGAUCCUUAUACAAAAUACAUUUGAGAGAUUGGCAGCUAUUAACAUUGGAAAACUGGACCAUACUUCUCUUAUUUAAGCAAAAUGUGUUUCUGGAACAAGUGGUGGGUGACCACCACUACCAAGUCCAGCUUUGUUUCUGCUUGCCUCCAGAUUAUGUGAGUUUUAAGUUUGCUUCUUCUCAGCAUCCAGUAGUCACGGCCUCUCGAUUAUUUUUGUGGUCACCAGGGUCCAGAGCAAGGAGUCUUGCUCUACACAAAUGUAUCUAUAAACUACUAGAGCCUGUUUGGCAUGAGCAUAAAGCUGUUGUUCCAAUCAUAUGGCCCUACUUGGGGAAACUAGUCCAAAUCAGAAAGGACAUGGAAGCUAUGAUACAGUUCAAACUCUGGGCAGCCUCUGAAUUAAAUGCUCUUUUCCAUAGAACUAUAGUAGCCGCCGUAGACAUGAUGAGGUGUAUAACCAGUAUUUCCUAUGCCCUGUAAAUGUCUUCAGUGUUCUCCAGGGUAAUGUGGAUCUCAAAAGAUUUGGUUCGGAUCCAAACACAUAUACAUUCUGUAUUUUAGCUCAGUGGUUUUUUUAAAAAAAAAAAAGAAAUGCCACACAGCAAAAAGUGUUUACUUUGUUGGACAAACCAAAUCAGUUCUCAAAAAAAAAAAA